AUGGCCACCUCGGAGCCGUCCUCGUCUACUCCUGCUCAGGAUCCCAAUCCGACGAAUUUGCGACCCACAACCUAUGACACCUGGUGCGGUGUGGCUCACGGCUGCACGAAGAAAAUCGGACUCAAGAUAUGCGGCUUCUUGCAACGGAACCACAGCCUGGAGGAGCGGAGCCGGCUGGUGAGCGCGCUCAAGGAGCGGCAGUCGUCCAAGAACCUGCUGGCCUGCGAGAACAGCGAGAAGGAAGCCGCCCGCUUCCGGCGGACCGAGACCGACUUCUCCAACCUCUACGCCCGCGAUUUGUUGCCAGCUAAGAAUGGCGAGGAACAGACAGUGCAGUUCCUUCUGGAGGUGGUGGACAUUCUCCUGACCUACGUGAGGAAGACCUUUGACAGAUCCACCAAGGUGCUGGACUUUCACCAUCCACACCAGCUUCUGGAAGGCAUGGAAGGCUUCAACCUUGAGCUCUCCGACAACCCAGAAUCACUCGAGCAGAUCUUGGUGGACUGCAGGGACACGCUGAAAUAUGGAGUAAGGACAGGUCAUCCUCGUUUUUUCAACCAACUUUCUACAGGGCUUGAUAUCAUUGGCUUGGCUGGGGAAUGGCUGACAUCUACUGCUAAUACGAACAUGUUUACAUAUGAAAUUGCACCUGUGUUUGUCCUCAUGGAGCAAAUAACACUUCGAAAAAUGAGAGAGAUUAUUGGAUGGUCAAACCAAGAUGGAGAUGGAAUAUUCUCACCUGGUGGUGCUAUAUCCAAUAUGUAUAGCAUCAUGGCUGCCCGCUACAAAUAUUUCCCAGAAGUCAAAACCAAAGGCAUGGCUGCUGUGCCUAAGCUGGUCCUCUUUACCUCAGAACAUAGUCACUAUUCAAUAAAGAAAGCCGGAGCUGCGCUUGGUUUUGGAACCGAGAAUGUGAUUUUAAUAAAGUGUAAUGCAAGGGGCAAAAUAAUACCAAGUGAUUUGGAAGCUAAAAUUCUGGAAGCCAAACAAAAGGGAUAUAUCCCCCUUUACGUGAAUGCAACUGCUGGCACCACAGUUUAUGGAGCUUUUGAUCCUAUUCAGGAGAUGGCAGACAUCUGUGAAAAACAUAACCUUUGGCUCCACGUGGAUGCUGCCUGGGGAGGUGGAUUGCUAAUGUCCAGAAAGCAUCGUCAUAAGCUGAAUGGAAUAGAAAGAGCCAAUUCUGUCACAUGGAAUCCACACAAGAUGAUGGGCGUUUUGUUACAGUGUUCUGCCAUUCUUCUUCGGGAAAAGGGCAUACUUCAAGGCUGCAACCAGAUGUGUGCAGGCUACCUGUUCCAACAGGACAAGCAGUACGAUAUCAGCUAUGAUACUGGGGAUAAAGCCAUACAGUGUGGCCGCCACGUGGACAUAUUCAAAUUCUGGUUGAUGUGGAAAGCAAAGGGCACAGUGGGAUUUGAAAGUCAGAUCAACAAAUGUCUUGAAUUAUCAGAAUACCUGUAUAACAAAAUUAAAAACAGAGAGGAGUUUGAGAUGGUUUUUGAAGGAGAGCCUGAACACACAAAUGUUUGUUUCUGGUAUAUUCCACCAAGUCUCAGAGGGAUGCUGGACUCCCAGGAGAGAAGAGAAAAACUACAUAGGGUGGCACCCAAAAUCAAGGCCCUGAUGAUGGAGUCAGGAACUACAAUGGUUGGAUAUCAGCCCCAGGGAGAUAAAGUUAACUUCUUCCGAAUGGUCAUUUCAAAUCCGGCGGCUACUAAAUCUGAUAUUGACUUCCUCAUUGAAGAAAUAGAAAGACUGGGGCAAGAUCUGUAA